AAGGGUUAUUGCAGAUCGACUAAAGAAUACAAAGCAUGUUGAAUAUAUGCUUAUUCCAUACAACCCAGAUUUCCAUUGGGUGUUAGUGGCAUUGGAGAUGAAGAAAAUGAUUGCAUAUUACCUUGAUCCAAUGGCCUGUCAACCAUGUGAUGAUCUUAAGGACAUAGUUAACAUGGCAAUGAGAAUCAACCCACCGGAAAAACAGAAAACAUCAAAGAGGGAGCCAACUUGGGUGAAAGUGGUUUGCCCAAGACAACCAGGUAGUGUGGAAUGUGGGUAUUAUGUGAUGAGAUAUAUGAAGGAAAUCAUUGCUAAUCCAAACCAACUAACAUCAAAGGUUUGCACUCAAUUCAAUUCAUAUGGUUGGUCAUUUUACUAUAGCAUUUUUUUUUUUUUUUGGUCAAUUGAACUUAGUGAAUUGUAUAUGUCACUCCAAUUCAGUUUUGCAGGAAGAAAUCAUAUAGUGAAAUGGAAAUUAAUGAAGUUCGAUCAGAUUGGGUUAUGUUAG